GUUCACAAAGAAUGGUUGAUUGAUAUGUCUGGUGAUGUGGAUGAAGAGGGUUGGGAAUAUGCUCCCGAUUUCCAUUGUUCUUGCUGGCACGGUUGCUAUAAACCACUCCGUUCAUUUGUUCGUCGAAGACGUUGGAUACGUUUGCGUCGUCGAAAGGGUAGAGGG